UUAAACAGCUGAUGGUCACUCGUGUGAGUUUGUUGACAUAAAUUUCUCACUUGGAGUCUCUCACCGGCGGGCCAUUGUACAAGAAAUAAAUUUAGAGGGGUACUUGUUCAGUGGCAAUGUAGAAGGACUGUGGCUUAGCAAGGAAGAUGUUGGUGUUAUCAAGAGUGAAUAAAGUUGGCCAAAUCAAGUUAAACUUUUAUUCAAAACUUGUGCAGCAAGAACGCGUGUUUGGGAGUUCUGUUAGACACCUCUUUCUUCACAGGAGUUGUGACUGCACUGCUCAGCCGGAGGGUGGAGGCCAUGUACUCCCCACUACAACCGAUGACCACAAACACCUUGACAAAAUUCGUAAUAUUGGUAUCAUGGCUCACAUUGAUGCAGGUAAGACAACCACCACAGAGCGUAUGCUGUUCUACAGCGGUGUGACGAAAACUGUUGGCGAAGUUCAUGAUGGGGACACCGUUAUGGAUUACAUGGAGCAGGAAAGAGAGAGGGGUAUCACCAUUACAUCAGCGGCUAUUACAUUUUCGUGGCAUGGCCAUAGGAUUAACCUGGUGGAUACUCCUGGGCACGUGGAUUUCACUAUGGAGGUGGAGCGCUCUCUCAGGGUUUUAGACGGGGCCAUUGCCAUUUUUGACGCCUCAGCAGGUGUUGAGGCUCAGUCCCUUACUGUGUGGCGUCAAGCGGAUCACUACCAGGUGCCACGAGUCUGUUAUCUCAACAAAAUGGACAAACCAGCAGCUAGUGUUCCCAUGUGCCUCACGUCAAUAAAAGAAAAACUUCACGCUACUCCAUUAGUUUUACAGUACCCAGUGGGACACGGAAAGGAAUUUACUGGAUUGGUUGAUCUUGUUCACAUGUGCAAGAUGAUCUGGAAUCGGCAGAGUAGAGACUAUGGCAGCAAAUAUGAGGCUCAUAUUUUGACACAAGAUGGUGAUGACAGCUUGUGGGAUCCAGCCUUCUUAGCAAGAUGUGAACUGACAGACCAGCUGGCUGAUCUGGACAACAAGUUAGCAGAAUAUGUGUUGGAGACAGAGUCAAUAGAGAAUGUACCUCCUCAAUUGCUUAAAGCAGCAAUAAGAAGAGUCACACUGAACCAGACAGCAGUUCCUCUCCUCAUGGGCAGCUCAUACAAAAAUACUGGUGUUCAACUACUAAUGAAUGCAGUACUUAGUUAUUUACCGUCACCUGAGGAACGCAAGCUCGAGACUGUUGCAUUAUAUGCCCCCCACCUCUGUGCUUUGGCUUUUAAGAUUGUCCACGACAAGCAGCUUGGUGGUGUACUAACCUUUGUUCGAAUAUAUUCUGGGCAUUUGGAGAAGGGUCAGAGACUGUUCAAUAUCAAUGCAGAAGAGACAGAAAGAGUGGGAAGAGUCAUGAUUGCUUUUGCUGAUGAAUUCAAGGAAGUGUCGUCGGUCAAGGCAGGAAAUAUCGUGGUUGUUACCGGGCUAAAGAUCACUAGCACUGGAGACACUCUGGUUGGAAGCUAUUCAUUAGCCAAUAAUGUUCAGAGGAAGUUACUGGACGAGACGAAAGAUCCCCAAGCAGCCAUGUUGCUCGGUGUUCAAGUGCCCGAGCCAGUCUUCUUCUGCUCUGUAGAGGCUCCAUCACCAUCACAACAGAAGGCCUUAGAAUCAGCUCUUAACCAAUUACAAAGGGAAGACCCAAGCCUUCAUGUGACACUUGACCAAGACACUGGCCAAACUGUUCUGUCUGGGAUGGGAGAACUGCAUCUUGACAUCAUCCGAGAUCGUAUCCAUAAAGAGUAUAAAGUGGAAGCAGAGUUGGGCCCACUACAGGUGGCUUACAGAGAGACGUGCAAGGUGUGCUACACUCACACCCUUGACAUCAACAAAAUGAUUGGUGAGACCAGACAACAAGUGAAAGUUACACUUUCCAUUGAGCCUAAACUGAACUACAAAUUCAAGUCACUAGAGUUUGCUUUCUCUAAAGACAAUCUUGAAAAUCUGCACGCCAUCAACCGACACCAUGUAUCAGCCUUAAACCGUGGUGUGGGCUCUGCUUUGACCAGUGGACCUAUUUUGGGUUUCCCAGUCGUUGACGUCAAAGUUGCCUUACACUGGCUGGAAGUUGGCCGUGGAACAUCAGAGACCAUAGUGGCUGCUGCUGCAGCUCAGUGUGUUCACCAGCUAUUACAAAAGGCUCAUUGCCAGUUGCUUGAACCGAUUAUGGAAAUGGAAAUAGUCACAGAUGAAGAGCAUACCUCCGCUGUCCUUGCUGAUAUCGCUCGUAGAAGAGGAAACAUUCUCCAGAUCACACAACGCCAGGACUUGAGGGUGAUUACUGUAGAAUGUCCGUUAGCCGAACUGAUGGGUUACUCAACAACUCUGCGUUCACUUACCUCAGGCAUAGCAUCAUUCACUAUGGAACUCUCAGACUACAGGCUAAUGAGUUUGUCUGAUCAGGCAGCCGCAAUUGAAGCUGUUACGGGAUUUGCUCCUCUGUAGAAGAUACUGAUGGAUGUUCAGCAAAAAUUAUCAACCUUUUAAGACCUCUGGAGUGUGAAAAUUUUAAUAGAAACUUAAGUCUUAUUACAGACAUCUUGUAGGCAUUUCAGGAAUUGUUGCAAAUUUAAAUAAAGUAGGUAGCUACUGUUUAAAUAUUAACAGUAAUAUAGAGAUUCCAAUUACUGUAUCUUUAUACCCUGAAGUUGAUGAUCAUGUAAUUAUGUACAGUACAUUAAUUUUCAUUGUUAAAUAAAGCUUUUUAUAGA